AUGAUUCAAAAGCAAGUGCUAAAACAGGUCGCAAUAGUAGGAGCAGCUGCGCUCGUCUUUCUGCACAGGGCCAGCGGAGCAGUGGAGAAAGACAUAAAAAGCGUAAAGGAAUAUGCAAGAAAAAGGGUACAUUCUAUAAAAGAAGAAAUUAAAAUCCGUGCUGAUUUUCUGAAGAAAGCAAAGACUUUUAAAUGCAAGGAAGUACCAUAUGAAAUGCUCAGCAGCGACCUAGAAAAAGGAAGAACAAAUCUCUCAAAGAUAAAGGAGCAUCUUGCCAUUUUCGAUAAAAGCGUGCAAGAUGUGCUGAAAAAAGCAGACCAGCUUAUAUAUUUUCUGGGUUUCGAAGAGCUGCCAUUAGGAUUUGCCAGCGUCCCAGAGUUCAACCGAAAAAUGGAGGAGACAAAAAACGAGCUACUGAGCAUGAUCCCACCAAUGCUUGAUAAGAACGAUUUAGCGAUUAGCGCAAUGAAAGAGUUUGACUCGCACAUGCUGAGAGCGAUAACAAGAUACAUUACUCUGAAGGAUGAAGCGAGCCUUAUACCCAACUCAAUACUCUUCAAGCUGGCGAAUAAGAAUAAGCCGCUGGCCAUCACCAUAAUAUACUCUCUUUUUCUAGUAGACACAUCCAGGCCAACACAAAACGAUGUAAUAAGUGCGAUGAAUUACUUGGCAAAGAAAGCAGACACAUAUUUUAGCUCUCUUUCCUUGGAUUAUGUAAAAUACAUCAACGCCAUGCGAUAUGACAUAGAUCACGAACAAGUAGACCUGAUGAAGGCAGCUAACAGACACAUCGAUCUUCUAUUUAACAUGAGUAGAGUCAGCUCCGAGGCAAUACAGGAAGAGGCACUAGACAUUUACCUUGGCCUAUUAAACAAACAUAUUACCAAAACAGCCCUAGAAAAGUACAUAGAUAUUACACCAGGCCAGAUCGCAAAAAUAAUAAUGAUAGAGUAUGCAAUCACCAUGAACGGCUGUCUUAUGGACUACAGAAAAAACAGUUUUUUCUGUGCUCUCAAAGAGCUAAUUGUGCGCAUAGGAAAACCAAGCAGCAGCACAGGACUGCAAAAAGAUGUAAAUGAAGCACACAAAAAACAAGAAGAAAUACUUAAUAUCAUCUAUCUUCUGUGGAAUGAGCAAGAGCCAGAAGAAGACCCAAUGGAUGAGGAGGAGCCGAUGGAUAAAAUUCUGCAAGACGAAAAUAUUAAGCUUUUUUGCACACACAAUGGAGUUAGCCUUGUUGACUUUAAAACCAUACAGAAAACUUUCAUGCGCGACAGAUGGAUAUACAAACUGGACUUGUUCAGCCCUUCUUCAGGGGGGUCAGCUAGCGGCAAUCUCCCAUCCAAGGCGAUGCACUUUGACAUAUCCUACACACAUCCCAUGUGCUAUAUAUACCUAAGAUGUGAGGAUAUGAGCCAUCUCGGGAGCCCAAACGCCAUGAAGCUCUAUAGAAAUCCUUUUAUGGAAAGAGGUAGAAGGGGCGUUGUUUUCCUCAGACUGUACAAAGUAGGAAAAACAGACAGCGAUGCAGUGCGGGAAGAGAACAUAAAAAGCUGCAUUCGAACAUGGUUCUUGCCAAGAGUUGAAGUUUUCAUCAAAAAAGAAGACGCCAAAAGCUACCUCAACAUAGCCGACGACUUUUGCAAAUAUUUCAGAAAAUCAAUGUAUAUGGUUGAAGUGGGAAUAUCUGAAAUCACACAAACAGAAAAACAAAACACAAGCUAA